AUGUACAGACAGUGGGCAAUGGUGAAUAUUUUCAUGAUGUCUUCUCUGCAGUUGGUGCAGAGCUCCAGUUAUGAACAUGGACCAGUGAAGCGGGCAUCCCGGUCAAUGUUAGAACAAUCUGAGCAGCAGAUUAGGGCGGCUUCGGGUUUGGAGGAACUACUGCAGAUCACCCACUUCGAGGACUGGAAGCUGUGGAGAUGCCGACUGAAGCUCAAAAGUCUCACCAGCGCGGACUCUCGCUCGGCAUCCCAUCGGUCCACCAGGUUUGCGGCCACUUUCUAUGACAUUGAGACGCUCAAAGUUAUAGAUGAGGAAUGGCAAAGGACGCAGUGCAGCCCUCGAGAGACGUGCGUGGAGGUGGCCGGCGAGCUGGGGAGAAGCACUGACACGUUCUUCAAGCCCCCCUGCGUGAACGUGUUCCGGUGUGGCGGCUGCUGCAAUGAAGAGAGCCUCGUCUGUGUCAACACCAGCACCUCCUACGUUUCCAAACAGCUCUUUGAGAUAUCAGUACCUUUGACAUCAGUACCUGAAUUAGUGCCUGUUAAAGUUGCCAACCAUACAGGUUGUAAGUGCUUGCCGACAGCUCCCCGCCAUCCGUACUCGAUUAUUAGAAGAUCCAUCCAGAUCCCAGAAGAAGAUCGCUGUUCCCAUUCCAGGAAACUCUGUCCUGUUGACAUGCUCUGGGACAGCAACAAAUGUACAUGUGUUUUACAGGAGGAGAAUCCACUCGCCAGAAUGGAAGAUCAUGCUCAUCUCCAGGAGCUGGCUCUCUGUGGUCCACACAUGAAGUUUGAUGAAGAUCGUUGUGAGUGUGUCUGUAAAACGCCAUGUCCCAGAGAUCUCAUCCAGCACCCAGAAAACUGCAGUUGCAUUGAGUGCAGAGAAACUCUGGAGAGCUGCUGCCAGAAGCACAAGAUAUUUCACCCAGACACCUGCAGCUGUGAGGACAGAUGCCCCUUUCACAUGAGAACCUGUGCAAAUGGAAAACCAGCAUGUCCAAAGCAUUGCCGCUUUCCAAAGGAGAAAAGGGCCGCCCAUGGGCUCCACGAUCGAGAAAAUCCUUGA